GGAAAAAUACAAAACAAAAUUGAAUUAUUAUUUUUUCCCCUUUUCAUUUGCUAAGAAAAAAAACCUCGCAAGCUCAUCGUCCCGUGGAACCAGCGACAACAAUAGUUGUAUUUUCUUAUCAUUUGAUUUGAUUCCAAAAAAGCAAACUUUCGUGGAAACAAGCGAAUGAUUAGUGUUCUUCUUCCAUACCCAGAUUUCAAUUCCAGAGUGAUUUUGGACUUGGAGCGGUAAUUUGGAACCUUAACAAGGUGGCUGGCUGGUGGUGUUGAUUGGAGUCCCUCCUGAAAUGUAUAGGCCUGUGGCUGCAGCUUCAGCCACGCCGCGGGGUGGAUUGCCGAAUGACAGUGUGGACUCUGUUGUGACUCUAGAUCAAGUGCCGCGGUGGAUUGACGCUGAGCAUUCGUUGGGGUAUGAUAAUGGGGAUUCGUCGUAUCCUAGCUCGUAUUUUCCCGAUCCUUUGACGUUCCAAUCGGGAUCGGAGAGCGGCGGCAGUGGUUCGGUGUCGAGGUUUCCUGUUGACCAUGAAGUUAAUUCGAGGAUAUACUUGUGGAGGGGGACUCCGUGGAACCUUGAGGUGGAUGCUGUGGUAAAUUCUACAAAUGAGGUCUUGGAUGAAGCACACAGCAGCCCUGGUUUGCAUGCUGCUGCUGGACCUGGUCUUGCAGAAGAAUGUGCCACUUUGGGUGGGUGUCGAACAGGGAUGGCAAAAGCUACCAAUGCAUAUGAUCUUCCUGCAAGGAAAGUUAUCCAUACUGUUGGCCCAAAGUAUGCGGUGAAGUACCACACUGCUGCAGAGAAUGCUUUAAGUCAUUGCUAUCGAUCUUGCCUGGAGCUUCUAGUUGAAAAUGGGCUUCGAAGCAUUGCUAUGGGCUGUAUUUAUACUGAAGCGAAGAACUAUCCCCGUGAACCAGCUGCACAUGUAGCUAUAAGAACUGUCCGACGGUUUCUUGAGAAGCAGAAAGACAAUAUAACAGCUGUUGUCUUUUGCACUACCAGCACAGCUGAUACUGAGAUAUAUAAAAGGUUGCUACCACUUUACUUUCCUCGGGAUAAACAUGAAGAGGCAGUGGCUUUGUCAAAGCUUCCUGCAGAUGUUGGGGAUGAGAAUGGUGAGACCACCAUAGAUGAGCGUAAAAUCAGAAUCAAGCCUUUGCCUAAAAAAAAUGUUCCAAAACCUCCUAAAGAUCCAGUUGAUCUUCCUGUUAGUGAUGUUGGCAUGGUUCGCAGGACUUCAUCAUAUUUAGAUUCAUUUCUGGAUCCUGCCUUCAUGUCCUUGAUUAAAGACCCUGAUGAAAGACGUCUGGAGCAGUGGGAGAAAACUGUCCAAGCACAAAGAGGCUGGAACUUUGCUAAAUUGCUUGGAUUUGGUGACCUAGGUGCACCUGCAUUAUCUGCUGCCGAAGAGUAUUCUCUGCACUCUAGAUAUCUUUCUAAAGCAAAUUCCUUAAAUCUUUCUGAAAUUGCAGAGAUGAAAAUUGUCUAUCGUGGAGGGGUAGAUAGUGAGGGUCGUCCUGUCAUGGUUGUUGUGGGGGCUCACUUCUUGCUUAGAUGUCUUGAUCUGGAAAGAUUUGUGCUUCAUGUAGUGAAGGAAUUCGAGCCUAUAAUACAAAAGCCUUAUACUAUUGUCUACUUCCACUCUGCUGCAUCUCUGCAGAUGCAACCAGACCUAGGUUGGAUGAAAAGAUUGCAACAAAUACUUGGACGGAAGCACCAACGCAACCUGCAUGCAAUAUAUGUCCUCCACCCAACUAUUGGACUAAAAAUGGCAGUAUUUGCGCUUCAGUUGCUUGUGGACAAUGCGGUUUGGAAGAAAGUGGUUUAUGUUGAUAGAUUACUGCAGCUCUUCAGAUACGUACCUCGUGAGCAGUUGACCAUCCCAGAUUUUGUAUUCCAGCAUGACUUAGAAGUGAAUGGAGGAAAGGGUCUUAUUGUUGAUCCCAGAACAAAAUACGUUUACCACAGACCAUGAGAGUGUCAUGUGCAGUUCUACAUCAGCUGAUGAAAGUGCAUCACUUGCUGUAGUUUCUUUAUUAUUUGUAUGCGUUUGUGUAAGGAUGAAUUUCAUUUUUUUACUUUUUACAAUUUUUGAAUCAUUCGCAAGUUUCUCUGUAAGUAAAAUGGUAUUAUAUUAUUUUCCUUCUUUGUAAUCUCCUGAGUUCUGAAUAAAAUUCAAGGUGGUUUUGAUCUUUGUUGAA